UACUAAGAAGACGUGGGACCCCGAAAAACACCAUACCCCGUUUGAUUGAUAGAGGGAGUGCCCCCUCCUAUUAGUGGGUCUGCUGCUUGCGAAGUUAACAAGUGUGAGGCGACAAACAAUGUUUGCUAUUUAAAUCUUCACAAACGAGUAGCUCCAAUUCGUAUAAUUAAAGUUUGCCAUUAUCGCCGAUGAGAUAAAAAACACAGCUUGGAGUAUGUUCUAAUCACGAAGGGCGUGUGGUGCAACCUCGAGAACCUCACGAAAGCGAUGGUGAGACAGAGUUAGUCUCUUAAAUUUCGGUAAAAAAAGAUCAGUGCAACCUCAAAAGCAUAGAGCUGCUUUGUUCGUCAUGCAUAUUUGUUUCUGGUUACUUGAACAAGUUAUAAUUAUCAUGAUGGGAAAACAAGGCUGAAUUACCAUGAAACAGUAGGGGCUCUUUAUUAUUCAAGUUGUUCAGAUCAUUGGAUGAGGUCAGCGUAAUCGGAAUAAAUUCCGUUUUCUUUGUGUAAAGAAAUAUAACUUUCAGGUGUCUAGGACACGCAACUCACUGGCCCAGUCAUCUGAUCUUUACCGACCGUUUACACAGCAGAAUUUAAUAUUUACACAGGUUCACUUCAAGGGGGCUUGACGGGAACACAGCGAAUGCCUAACCAAGGCAGAAAUGAUGAACUGUAAGCACAUCGGCAACAUAACCGUCAUUUUGAUUCUUAUCUUCAGCCUGUGGGAAAUUGCUGUUGAGGGCAGAAAUAAUGCCCACCCAAGGCAUGAACAAUCAAAUGCAGGAAUCAACAACAGGAGAAGUUAUGUCGACUUAAAACUUCGCCAGACGCAGAACGAUUUGGAAACGAAACUAUUUCCUGUGAAGGUUGCCGACAAAAUUAGUACAAGUCACGAAACUAUUCAAGCGCACAACACAGCAAAACAGAGAGAAACACUUGACAAUGGAGAGAUAAACUCGAGUGUAAAUGUUGAAUGUGUGUACGCAGAAGACAGCAAGAAAGAGGAUAAAAACACACGAGUAUCACAAAGUGAGGCAGAACUGAAUAAUAAAUUUGCUCUCUUAAGUGACCGCAGAAAAUACAAACUUCUCAAAAGGAGCAAACGAGAACCAGGUUCCGAGGGAACACCCAAAGGACAGCCCGAAGCAGAACCCACGGGGGAACCCGAGGGAUUACAUACAGAAUACGCAGGAGCAACAGAACCUACAGCAGAGCCUGAAAUGUCUUGGCCUGAGCCAGAACCUGAUUGGGAUCAAGCUUUCGGAAAAUGGCAAGCUGCCUGGCCACUACACACGUACGGAUUCGGCGUGAUCUUCACAAUCAUCGCGUUAAUUCCACCGCUCGAGUUACUACGGAUGCACGUCGAUAAAGGCAAAAUGUCCGCCCUUAAGUCCAGCUUGCUCGUGAUUAUCUUUUUCUUCAGUUCAACUCGGGCGAUGGCGCUUUUUGUGGACCCGUACGGCUCGACCAAACGAUUUCACCUUAUCUUAUCUCAGCUGUUGUUUUCUCUUGGUCAUCCAAGCAUCAUCUCGGCUUUGAGCCUCUUACUACUGGUACUCAUCGACACAACAAAAAUGAACGUUGCCCCGCCUAAAUUUCAACGCGUGCAAUUCAUCAUCCCCGUGGUAGUUUUCCACGUGGUCCUAGUGAUAGUGACAGAUUUCGUGGUGGUUUACUUUCUGGAAGCUAAAGUUCUCCUCCUGAUGUGUCAAUUGUAUUUCCUGUCAUUAGGAUUUCUGUUAGCGGUGGGAUACGCCCGUGUUGGCUGGAAAAUUCACGUAAACAUCAAAGCUAACGUCAACAGCAAAAGCGCAGUCGACAACAGCAUGCGGCGCCUGCAGUAUCUAAUCGCAGCGUGUGCGGUUGUGAGCGGUUUUAUAAGCGUACUGACAAUAUACGGGGCUGCUGGCGUUUUUGGAGUAUACUCAGAUGUCCAGUACGUCGAACCCUGGCCUUGGUGGAUCUUCCAAACAUGUAAUCGCCUUCUUGAAACCACCAUCUGUAUUAUAAUUUUACUCAUGAAUACAAAGGCGUCUUCUAAACGGAAAAUUUUUCCCUCAGCUCGGAGCUUUGUGACGAAAAGCAUUUUCUACGUUAGACGGAGCACCACAAAGGUUCCAAAAACAACUCCGCCGGAAAUGACGAUCUCAAACGUAGAAUAAGUCACUGAGAGCUUAAAAUCAUAGUAGCCUAAAAGACUAUGUUGGCACAUUACCUUCUUCGUGGAAGGCGAAAAUAGAAUGCAAACCGAAAAUUCGCGGAUCAAAUCAAUGAGGAUUAUGAGAAAACUUCUGGGACGGGUUGUUCAAAGCUGAGUUAAGUUAACCCAGGGUUAGCGUGAAAUUUGAUUGCAGAUCUAAAAGCUUUAGGAGAAAGUUCAGUUUAAUUAUUUUGCGUCUACAAUUUGCUGAUCGGAUGCUCUAAAAAGAAAAGGCAAAAUUAUG